AUGGAUCGUAGUUGGAUGAGAGCUAAUCGAUUAAAUGCUGAGUACGAACAUGGAGUGAUGGAAUUUCUACAGUUUACUGAAAGUAAUGCUAAAAAAGAUCUUCCUCCUCCUAAAAGUAAUGCUGAAGAAAAUCUUCCUACGCUUAUUCUCUGUCCAUGUGUUCGUUGUGCAAAUAAAGAACCAAAACUUAGUAAGAAACAAAUCAUGAAUCAUCUAAUUUGUGAAGGGAUUUGUCAAAGUUAUACACAAUGGAUAUGGCACGGUGAAGUAGUAGCAAAGUCAAAUGUGUCCGAAGGAGAUAAUGUUAGUGUGGAAAUGGAUGAUCGUCUGGAAGACAUGAUGCGUGAUAUUGGACAAGAUUCGUUUAAGAGGGCACAUGCGUAUGAUAGCUUAUGCAUUGACAAGGAUACACCUUUGUACCCGGGAUGCACAAACUUUACACGUUUCUCAGCUGUGUUAAAAUUGUUUAAUCUGAAGGCAGUUAACGGGUGGACUGACAAAACUUUUACCGAAUUGCUUGAAUUGUUGACACAAAUACUUCCAGAAGGUAACGUACUGCCAAGUCGUUAUUACGAGGCGAAGAAAAUAUUGUGUCCGAUGGGUUUGGAGUAUGAAAAGAUACAUGCAUGCCCUAAUUAUUGCAUAUUAUACAGAAAAGAGUAUGUAAACUAUAACCAUUGUCCAAAGUGCAAGGCGUCACGCUACAAAAAGAGACAUGGUGAAUCUAGUGAUGAUGAGGAGGUCAAAAAGGGUCCUCCUGCGAAAGUGGUAUGGUACCUACCGAUCAUUUCAAGGUUCAAGAGAUUAUUCACUAAUGCAAACGACGCAAAGAAUCUUAGAUGA